AUAUUCUUGUUUGCAGUUUGUCUGUUGCCAUAAUGUAGCAAAAGGUAUUAUCCUUCAUUUGUUUCAAUGCUUUCUGUUUACAGACUGCACCGGGAUCAAGGUUACCCUGGGCGUGACUUGUUGGACGUGAUUCGGCUAGUUUAACCAUUAUUCCAAGAUGGAUGUUGAUAAAGUGCGCAUGGAGAAGUUGGAAAAGUUAAAGGGGAUGAGUGACCAGGUGCGCAUCGGUGGCAAAGGUACAGCUCGCCGGAAGAAAAAAGUGGUUCAUAAGAAUGCUGCCGCCGAUGAUAAGAAACUUCAAAGUUCACUAAAGAAACUAAACCUCAAUACUAUCCCAACCAUAGAGGAGGUCAACAUGUAUAAACCAGAUGGAACUAUGAUCCACUUCAAGAAUCCAAAAGUUCAAGCAGCUCCACAAGCUAAUGUAUUUGCAGUUUCUGGACAAGCUGAAUAUAAAACACUAAAUGAUUUGUUCCCAAAUAUGCUUAAUCAAUGGGAGACAGCAAAAUUACGAUUGGCAAAAAUGAAUGAAAACUCAAAAACAUCAGAUUCAAAGGCAGAUGAUGGAGAUGAUGAUGUACCAGAGCUUGUGGAAGAUUUUGAUGAAAAAAGUCGUUUGGAAUAGUUUAAUAAUUGACAAAUGUACGUUGAGUGAAUGUGUAUGACUCAGUCAUUACUUUACAAUGAAAAUCACUCAGUACACCUAUUGUAAUGUACAAUGUUUGUUUUUAAUUAUUUCUCACAGCUUUUUUUUCUCCGGUUCCAUUUCCUAGUUGUGCAUUGUCAAUCUGUCCUCGUACUAUUCAUUUUGUUUGACAAAAUAUCCUAUGAAUGAAAUAAACAUUUCAAUUAUGUAUCGACUAGAAUCAAUUUGUAUAGCAAACUGUAUUAACAUCCAAGUAAAUGGGAUUUUGAAUACAUUUAAUCUUGUCGAUUAUUUUAAACGGA